UGGCCCUACGUCACAGGUUAACGCGUAACCAAAACGGCUUCGCCCUUUUUGUGGACAAGCAUAUUUUAUUCUCUUUUUUUGCCACCUUUACAGCGAAAUACCAUGGACCAUUUUCCUUCCAACUGGGGCAAGCCUCGCAAUGAGGAUGUUGACCUUUAUAACACUGUUCCCAUGCAUAAAUCGUAUCCCGAUCACUUGACACAGGCAGCUUACGGACCCACCACAGUGACUCAACAACCUCUCGUUACGGGUACUUCGGUCUUGGCAUUCAAAUAUAGAGACGGUAUCAUGAUGGCCGCCGAUAUGUUGGGUUCUUAUGGAUCGUUGGCACGUUUCCGCGACAUUGAACGAUUAUAUCCUGUGGGUCAGCAUACCGUGGUUGGCGCUUCGGGCGAUCUUUCAGACUACCAAUAUAUCCAGCAUCUUCUGGAUUCCCUAAUGAUCAAAGAACAUUGCAAUGACGAUGGUCACGUCAUGGGUACACCUCACAUUUACGAAUAUCUUUGGAGAGUCAUGUACAACCGACGAUCCAAGUUCAAUCCGUUGUGGAAUUCGCUGGUGGUUGGCGGUGUCAACAAAGGCGAAAAAUUCCUUGGUUAUGUAGAUUUACGAGGCACAACGUAUCAGUCGACGACGAUUGCCACUGGUUUUGGCGCGCAUCUUGCACAACCUAUUCUGCGAAAGCGUGUCGAAGGCAGAGAAGACGAUAUUACCGAGGAAGAAGCCAUCACCAUUAUGAACGAUUGUAUGCGCGUAUUAUUCUACCGAGAUGCACGAUCCAUGAAUAAGUUCCAACGAGCAAAAAUUACAGAAGCAGGAGUGGAAGUGACCGAACCUUACAGUGUCGAUACAAACUGGUCCUUUGCAGAGUCUAUUCGAGGCUAUGGCGCCUAAAGAGAUGAGCAACGACUUUUUUUUUGCACAGAAACCAAGAAAAAAAAAGAAAU